AUGGAACCCCUUCAUCGCCAUCGAUCAUCUCUUGAAGGAGUUAUUGACUUCUCUGAAAGUACAUGGCGUGUAUUGAGCGCUGAUGAACGUGACAAGGCCCAGACCGUGUUUUACGACAUCAUCAACCAUUUCGAAGGCCCUUCAAACUCAACGAAGGAUAAGCCAUAUGACCGCAUCAAACUGGUUCGUCUGACAUACGAGCAUUCACUAUCGGAUGACCCUCGUUGUCCUUUCUUGCAGGAAUUCUUCAGAUUCGUCAAUGCCACUAUAGAUGACUGCAUCAAUUUCGACGAUGAAACGAGGGUGGACGAGAUCCGCUCGGGACUAAACUCAUUUGCAAACUUUCUGGUGGACAACUUCUUUCUUCCGCUCAAGGCUUCUGCCACCACGACGCCACAGCCCUCUCCAGCGGGAUCCUCCCAAGCCCCAAGUAGACAUUCUGCGUUGGAGUCUAGGGAACGGGUGGCCUCGUUGAGGCGGGAUUGUCUCAUCCGCGAUCGACAUCGGUGUGUGAUUUCUCGCAACUUUGAUCUCAAUGAAGCCGACAGACGUUUCGAGAAUGACGGAGACGAUUUUGCCUUGGAUGACGAGCGACAACUCCUAAUAGACCAAGACCCUGACUCAUUUGCUGAGCUUGAGGUCGCGCAUAUACUCCCGCACUCAUUAAAUACUUUGACAGCAAACCCAGAGCUCAACAAGUCUAAAGCCAUAGCUCUGGACAUACUCGACAUGUUUGACAACGGCAUUGUCCAUCUCAUUGGUGACUCCGAUAUCGAUCGCCCCCUAAAUGCCCUCACUCUACGGAUCGACCUUCAUCGACAGUUCGGAAAUUUCAAGAUCUUUUUCGAAGCUAUGCCCGAGCCCACACACCAGCCUCACACCUACCGUAUUGACUCGACCCAACGUCGGGGGUUAAGAAAGACAAUGUUCCCUAUGACCCGCCAGCUUCACCUGACCCCAGAACGGACGAUUGACCCCCCACACCCUCGGCUUCUUGCCGUUCAUCGCGCAAUUUGUCACAUCCUGCAACUCAGUGCGGCUGGGAGUUAUAUUGAUAGGAUACUCCGAGACAUGGACGAUGGGGUUGUAGAAGCUGAUGGUUCGACUCAUCUGGCAAGCUUGGUGCGUCUGAAGCUGGAUGGCUGGUGGGAUGGCACUGUUGUUGGCUAG